GUAGGCUGAGGGCUGGCGUUGAGGGCUACAGACUCAGUUAGAUCAUCACAUUUGCUUCUUCAACUCUUAGGGAGAUAGAGGCUCCACUCUCUAUCUCACACCACAACAGGGGGAAAAAGGACUUGAGGGGAACUGAACUUCUAUCUCAGGAUCUCUCCAUACGGCGCGUUACUCAGCAGUGAAGCCCACGGCAGGAUGAGGAUGACGGGAAGUGUGCCACCACCACCACCAGGUGGCACACUGCUGCAGCUGCUCUGGACUCUGGCGGCUCUCUGGACUCUGUCAGAGGGUAAUCAGGCGAUGCCCCCACAGUGGGCUCAACCAGAGAAGAUGGAGAAGAAGUUCCAUGUCGUCGUUGUCAGCUACACGGCCAAGUUUCGCUGCCAGGCCCAUGGCAAUCCCACCCCAACGCUGAAGUGGUUUAAGAAUGGCAAGGAGUAUAAAAGGGACCAGCGCAUCGGAUUCAAGAUGCGAGACCACCCGGGGAUCAUCAACAUAGAGUCUGUAGUGCCCUCAGACAAGGGGAACUACACUUGUGUGGUGGAGAACCAGUAUGGCAGCAUCAACCAUACUUACCAGCUGGAUGUCGUAGAGAGUGUGUGUAUGAGGAGUGUGUGUCACAGGCCCAUUAUACAGGCAGGUCUUCCAGCAAAUCGCACAGCAGUGGUGGGUAGCGACGUGGAGUUUGUUUGUAAAUUCGUCUCAGAGCCCAAGCCCCAUAUCCUAUGGUUGAAACACAUUGAAGUCAAUGGGAGUCGUUAUGGACCUGAAGGCCAUCCAUAUGUCCGGGUGCUAAAGUCUGCUGAUCUUCAGACCACAGACAAGGAAAUGGGGGUCCUGCAAAUAAAGAAUGUGACUUUUGAGGAUGCUGGGGAGUAUAUCUGCUUGGCAUGGAACUCUGUUGGUAUCUCUUACCGUACUGCAUGGUUGACUGUCUAUAGAGAACCAGAGCCCGACAUUUCCUGUCUCAGUUUAAUGCCAAGACUGCCAGAAGAUCGCACUGCUGUGGUGGGUAGCGACGUGGAGUUUGUGUGUAAAGUCUUCAGUAACCCCCCACCCCAAAUCCAGUGGCUGAAGCAUAUUGAAAAGCAUGGGAGUCGUUUUGGAUGUGAUGGCUUGCCAUUUGUUCGGGUGCUAAAGUCCGCUGGACCUAAUACCACGGACAAGGAACUGGAGAUCCUGCAAAUAAAGAAUGUGACCUUAGAAGAUGCCGGGCAGUAUAGCUGCAAGGUGGGGAACUCGGAUAGGAUAUUUCAUCAUUCUGCAUGGUUGACUGUCCAGGAAGGUGUCUAAUGUAUGGUUAAAUAAUAUAGUCGAGCACCGAGCUAUUAGGUUGCAUGCUAUAGUGCCCCGAAUGUACUGUAGCUUAAUGCAGGUUAAAAACAGAUCCCUUUUCAAAUGCCUAUUGAACCUUUAACUUACACACAAUUAGCACUUCACUAGUCACUUUGAGCUCUUAAUUAUAUUUUUUUGUACUUCAUGAAGAACUAUGUGAUAUUGAACAUUGAAAUCUUUGUGAUGGUUAAAUGAUCUUUUGGGCGAGAAUGGCGGCUUUCCCUGCUCCCUCUACCGUCCCCAAGCGGAAAACCAGCCUUGCAAGAUCUGCAUUAGCGUCCCAGCAGCGUCUGAGCCCAGUAGUCCCGUGAGAAGCGAGCGAGACACAACAUGCUUAAAAUUCUCUGGACAUACACAUGCCUCCUCAAGCAUCAGUUAGCCAUGUCGGCUCUCUAUAAGAUGGCUUCAGUUUUUUUUUUUUAUUGAAGUAUGUAAAGCACAUUGAAUUGUCUAUGUGUAUGAAAAGUGCAAUAUAAAUAAAUGUAUCCCGA